UAAUCGCUAUUUAAAAGCAAUAAAGAAAUAAAAUACAAUGGUACUAUAAGUUAGUUAGUCUAAGUUCUUUGAAACUUUUCAGAAAAUCAAGAAAAUGUGGUUUAGUAGAGAGUUUUAAUAUGCUCAGUACUAAAUAAUCAACACUGCGAGAAAAGAAAAAACAUCUAUUAUUAUUGCCGUAAAAGUUUGUAAAAGUUAAGAGAAAACUGCAACAAAGGAAGUGUUGUUGAUAUUAAAAUGGAUAAUUUUCGUCUAUUAGAAAAAUGUAAUUAGCGUAAAUGCGUAAAGAUUUGUUAAUAAAGUAAAUUUGAUGAUAUUUGUACAUAAGCAGAAUAAAUAAAUCAAAGUACAUCGGAUAUAGCGAUUAAUAGUUCUCAGUAAUAUGGAGUGCAGAUCGGAACUGACAACAACACCAGAAACGAAAUAUCAAAAGCUGGCUAGUGAAUAUUCGAAGUUGCGUGCUCGGGCCGGUGUACUUCGAAAAGCUGUUUUGGAUGAGCAGUCAAAAGGAGAGAAUUUGCGGGAGCAACUUCGGCAAAGUGAAACCGCUCUCCGUCGGUCGGAACAAGAAGUAGACUCUUUGGGAUUUCGUAAUAGACAACUAGAACACAGAGUUUCUGUGUUACAAGAUGAAAUUGCUACUCGAGAAGGACGAACGAAGAUUGACAAUGACAAUGGCCGAAAACGUAUGUUCAAAAAGAACGAUGCAGAUGCCACGUUAAAGGAAGGGGACUUGGGACAAGACGCCCUAAUAUUUGAAGAACUUCAAAAGAAAAUUAUGGAAAAUGCGGAAUUAACUACAUUGAUUGACGACAAAGAUCGUGAAUUGCAACUGCAUACUGAUCGCGUCGAAGAAUUGCAGCAAAUGUUGGAAAACAGAGUUACAGAAUUCAGCGAGGUUGAAAAACGUUUACGGAGAGAUAUCGAAACGCUACAAAAGAGAAACUCGGAGCUCGAAACCAAGCUAGUGGACGCGGUUAGUAUGUUGGGUAGUGAGGAUGCUUUAAGUGUUUCCGGUAGUGAUCACACCCCAUUACAUGUGGCUGCCCUGCACAAUAAUCACCAAACUCCAAUGCAUACUACCUCUGCAACGUCUGAAGAUCGUAUUUCAUGCUUAGAAAAAGAAAUGGUUCAUUGGCGUACACAAUACGAAAUUCUGAAAAUAAACGAAUCACUAAAGCAGAGAGAUGAAGGAAACAUUUUGAAAGAAAAUAAUACAGGAACAUCCACUUCCGCAGUUGUGGAAGCUGUUGUUGCAGACUUUACUAACUGUAGUUGUAGUAGUACAGCGGCUGGCUUAACGGUGGAGCCCAGUUCAAAGGAAGUAAGAAGUGCUCGCGAUUCCUUUAAAGAAUCAACAGCUCCGCCCACGAAAGAGCAAAUUAUUUUUAAUAAAUUUAGCCAAAAAUUUGAAGAUCUUUUGAAAGCGAAGUAUUUGGCUGAUUCUCGCAUUACAUCAUACGAAACAGAAGUAGAACACUUCCAAAUAUGUUUAGAAAAUGCUACGCAUGAGUUAAAAGCAAAGGAUGAACAAAUUGAAAGCAUUAAUCAGGCGUUGCAAAUGCUAGAGGAAGAUCUGGCUACUACGCGCUUUAAUUACGAAGAACAGAUAAGCGUGCUAACCGAACAGGUAAUUAACCUGAGUGAGCAACUUGCUGCCUCUAAAUAAAUUUUAAUUUUCACUUUGGAUACAUCUGCAAUUCAAGUGCAGCAGGCAAAUAUACACCGUUCAAAUGAUAAACAAUAAUUGUAAAUUUUUCGGCGAUGAAUGUUGUAGUUAAGUAUUGUUGCGAAGUAUGCGAAUAUUUAUAAAAAUCCAGUUUUAAUUAGCUUAGCAAACUACAAUUGUUGAAUAUUUAGUAAUCAUAAAUUUAAGAUACAUAUGCGUUCGUGCGAUUUAAUAAAGUGGAAACCGAAGCAAAGUACGAACACAUGAUUCUUAAUUCAUUUGUGUCUUGCAGAACUUUGUAAAUUAAAAAUAUAUGCCGAUUAACUCAUAUUUUCUAAAUGUGACUUUAUAACAUUUAUAAAUAAUAAAUGCAAAUAUACCUAC